AUGGAUGACGAAAUACCAGUUCGGGGUCGUUCAAGAGCAGAAGGGAGGACUAUCACUAAUCUUCAUCAUUACCGUGCAGAGAUUUUUUAUGUUGCUAUUGAUAAAAUAUGUGUGGAGAUGGAUCACCGCUUUAGUGAAGGAAGUAACAUUAUACUUGAUUGCUUCUCAUGUCUUGACCCCAAGAACUCUUUCUCCAAGUUUGAUGUUGAUAAGCUUGCUCGUCUUGCUGAUAUUUAUCAUGCAGACUUUUCUGAUGAUGACCGAGGAACAAUUAGGGAUCAACUUGAAACUUAUGUGCUUCAAGUGAGAAGAAAUGCUUCUUUUUCCACUUGUGAAGAUGUUCAAAGUUUGGCUAUGAAGAUGGUUCAAACUGAGAAACAUUUGGUAUUUCCAUUGGUUUAUAAACUUAUUGAGCUAGCUUUGAUAUUGCCGGUGUCGACAGCAUCCGUUGAAAGAGCUUUUUCAGCAAUGAAGAUUAUCAAGUCUAAAUUGCGCAAUAAGAUCAACGAUGUGUGGUUCAAUGACUUGAUGGUAUGUUACACCGAGCGGGAGAUAUUCAAGUCACUUGAUGAUAUUGAUAUUAUUCGAACAUUUACCGCAAAGAAGUCUCGGAAAGGACACUUGCCUCGUAAUUUUAUUUAA